UUUUAUGCAGAAAUAGUUUGGUGAUUGGUCAAAUUUGUAAGCCCUCGCAUAAUAUGCAGGGAAUUGUUGAUUUUGCAACCAAAACAAUGCGAUUGCAGAGUCCUGGAGUAACCUCCCAGUAAUCCCUGUGACUGCGUGUAGGUUAAGAUUGGGUUGUAACAGAGUAUCAGAGCGAGACGUUCCUACCUGUCAGCUAGUAAUUGUUCUGUAUGGUGACAUGAGCAGAGUGGCCUGACUUCUCCCACUUAUUACAGAUGUCCGACUUGGAUAUGUUGAGCAUCCUGAUAUGAUGUCCAUCACCAAGCCGGAACACUCCGAGGCCAACCCUCAGUGCCAGACUGGCAGCCGGCCGGUGGCUGAGCCCGAGACCCCUGCUGUUCACAAUAACAGUGGAGGCUGGCUCAGCUGGGUCUUUGGGAGUGGAAGAGCUAAGGAGGUUCAUCUACCUGAGGACAAAGACAGAUCUAUUGUCUGGGAUCCAACUCUGCACAGAUGGGUUAACAAAACUGAGCCAAAGGCUGAGAACAAGUGUGUACAACCACCUCCACCGAUGGGGACAUAUGGAUAUCAGGGGAACACUGGCAGUGUCCCCAAAGGAGUGAAUCCUUACUCUAUGAAAGCAGCAUGCAAAGGAGAGCGUGACAGAAAGUCUGCGUCAGUGUUUACCUUUCCAGGACGAUACUUCAGUGUGAGAUUAAAGUCAGACAGCUCUGCCACCCAGCGAUAA